AUGUUCAAAACUCCUGUGAGCGCUGCCAAAUUUGAAGUUCUACAGAAAUUUUCUACCUCGAAGUCAUCAAAGCCCGAUACUUCGGCGAUAAAUACAACAACUCGAGUACCCAUGAUCAUCCCCGCAGUGGUAGGAUCCUCUUCUUUUUCGAAUGGUCCAUCUACAUCCACUCCCAUUUUUAGGUCAUCAGCAGAAGAUGGAGAUUCUAAUCCACUCCCAUUUUCGGACAUAAGUAGGGCAGAAAGUAGCCCAAUAGUUGUAGAGGAGGACGACAACGAGGGGCUUCAUCCUGCCUUUGGGGAUCACGUCGAACGUCUUCCAGAUUCUGACGUAGAAGAUAUGGAUAAUGGUGUCUUCGCGCCCGAGUCUGUGAGGAUUGUGCUAAAACCACCAUGGCCAAGGCGAGGAUCUCAGGAGCACUUCCCCAACUUCCCACACAGUUUAGAUAGAUUUUCGAUCCCAAUUUUACCUACUGAAGUAUCAAGGUUUCGUCCAUCUCUGCCUCCACCUCGAUGGCUGUUUCCACAUCAGGAAGAACCGCAGUCAUCAGCCUCUCACUCUGCUUUCUUCCCUAAUGGCUACAGCCAGAACGUUUAUGGACAUUUUGGAUCCGGACAUCACUUAGAAAGUGCCGAGGAUGCUCCUGUGAACUUGGGAGAGCUGAUUGCCCUUCUGGGUUGCAAAGACAAAAAUCCUUCAAUUUGUUCCAAGAUUACGGAUGAAUCCUGUCUAUCUCGGCCUGGCUAUUAUUCGAAACUUUGUCCAGUCAAAUGCAGGAACUGCAACGGUUUACAAUGUCUAGAUUCUAUCAAAAUCGACUGUAAUAAAGUGCGGCGUCUUGGUGGUUGCAGGUUGCCCAUGGCCGGAGAAUACUGCUCAAAAACUUGUCGACUUUGUGCAUUACCAGCAAGAAUUGCCGAGACCCUUCCACCGUGCAAGGAUGAGCUGGAUACAUGUGAAAAUCUAGCUGAAAGUGGCGUAUGCGAUCAUCCCUACAGUAAAAAGGCCUUGAGGACCUACUGCGCCAAAAGCUGUGGUCACUGUCGUGAGUCGCAAUAUUAUAUGAACGAUGCAAUUUAUAGGCGAAUGCCUAAGAAGAAGCAAAGGAAACCACCAAAAAUGCCACUAGGAUAG